UUUUUCCGCUUGCGGGAAACAGAUUAACAACUCAACCUCGUUUCAUUUAAACGCAAUCGCCCCCGCCCCCGCAACCCACAAGUUUGCCUGCACUUGCAGUGGAAUAAUCAAUAAAGCAACAACAACUACAACGAUGUUGGCCAGUGAUAAGCAACAACAAUAGAAGGCAGCCGCUGCUGGCUGCUAAAAGAGGCGCAAACUCGACCCCAACCCCAAAAACACUGAACUCAUCCAAACCAAGCCCUAGCAAAGUAAACAUAUUUAAAAUCCCAUCUCCUCCUGUCAUCUCAAUCAUUGCAAUAAGGAUAACAAGCUAAAAACUAAAGUGAAAAUGUCACGCGAGGAACGUCUGCCCAUUGUGGAGUGUUCCAGCAGCAGCGGAGAUGAUGAAGCGAAGCCCGUGGUGCGUAGGCGCAGCACAAGGGAUACUGUCCUGGCAGUGCCAAAGGAUCCUGGCUGCUGUGAUCCCGACAGCACACCACAUCGUUUUCUUGCCUUGGUCUUUAUGUGUUUGCUGGGCUUUGGUUCCUAUUUUUGCUAUGAUAAUCCGGGCGCGCUGCAGGAUGUGUUUCAGAAGGAGCUCAACUUGAAUGCCACCGAGUUUACCUUCAUCUAUUCCAUCUACUCGUGGCCCAAUAUUGUGCUUUGUUUCGUCGGAGGAUUCCUAAUUGAUCGAGUCUUUGGCAUACGCAUGGGCACAAUUAUUUACAUGCUUAUUGUGCUGUUGGGACAAUUGAUAUUCUCCACGGGCGGCUUGUUGGGAAAGUUUUGGUUGAUGAUUAUAGGUCGCUUUAUAUUUGGCAUUGGCGCCGAGUCCUUGGCCGUGGCCCAGAACAGCUAUGCGGUAUUGUGGUUCAAGGGCAAGGAGCUGAACAUGGUGUUUGGCCUGCAGUUGUCUGUGGCACGUUUUGGCAGUACCGUCAAUUUUUGGAGCAUGCAGCCGCUCUACGGUUAUGUGUCCAAGAUCUAUGCUGGCUACACAGGAUUAGGCGUGGCACUCUUCAUUGCGUCGAGCACCUGCGUCAUGUCACUGAUAUGCACUCUUAUAUUGGGUUGGAUGGAUAAACGUGCCGAACGCAUACUCAAGAGGAAUAACAAUCCUGGCGGCGAGAUUGCUAAGCUUAGUGACAUUGUCUCUUUCAAGAUGGACUUUUGGAUGGUCUCCGUGGUCUGUGUUGCCUACUAUGUGGCCAUAUUUCCAUUUGUGGCGCUGGGCCAAGCCUUCUUCAUAUCCAAUUUUCAAAUGACACCCGAACAGGCCAACAAUGUCAAUUCAAUUGUCUACUUGAUCUCAGCCAUAGCAUCGCCUCUAUUUGGUUUUAUCAUUGAUAAAGUUGGACGCAAUGUUACCUGGGUAUUUGUGGCAACCAUAUCAACGCUUUUGGCCCACAUGUUGCUCACAUUCAGUCAUUUAAAUCCAUACAUUAGCAUGUGUAUUAUGGGACUCUCCUAUUCGAUGUUGGCCGCUAGUUUAUGGCCAUUGGUGGCACUGAUUGUACCCGAGUAUCAGCUGGGUACCGCCUACGGAUUCUGCCAAUCUGUGCAAAAUUUGGGUCUCGCUGUGGUCACCUUAGUCGCUGGCAUGAUCGUCGACAGCAGCGGUGGAAGUCAUUUCUGGUUGCAGCUUUUCUUUAUGCUAUUCCUCUUGAUUUCCCUAAUAGCUACCUGCGUUAUUUGGGCCUACGAUCGCAAGCAUCAGGGCAAUCUGAAUAUGUCGCCGUCGCAGCGUGCCUCAUAUCAUACAUCAAUCUCAACCAAACGUGGCACUACGGAUCGACGGCCUUUAUUGGGCAACUAAAACCUAUAUAUAUAUAUAUAUACAUUAAUAUAUACCAUAUAUAAUAUGCAUACAUAUGUAUUGUACGAUAACCAAUGUGAUGUUGUUUGCUAUCUCUUUAGCUCUAUAUUUGUCUAUUGUUUGUUGUGUGACUUUGGCACAUACCGUGUUUCCUGACAAAUCGCGCAAAGUUUUUUGUUUUGUAUAAUUUAAUUUAAGCUUCAAUAAUUACAAAUAAUUGAUCCUUUACAUAUCAAGAUUGAAACUAUUGUUAUUGUGAUUGUGUACCUAUUGUUGUUUAUAUUCUGUGCCAAAGAUAAAUGUUAAAUAAAAUAAACUUAACCAGCAAAAAAA